GUUGCUAGACAACGCAUUGUUGUGAUCAGUUACAGGCAGAAGAACGCAUGCUGUAAACGACACUUGUUUUACAGACUUAUAAAAUGACACUGAUUUUUGCUGAAACUGGAAGUGAUGGAUUACAAUUGUCUAGUAUCCAGCCGACUCUUUGCUAGAAGGGAAAGCCAGGAGAAUCCUCUGAAGAGAAAAAGGAUGGAUCUUGCUCCUGAACAACCUGAGCUCCAGCCCAAGGAGAAACAGCUGAAAAAGAAGAGAAGAGAGACAGAAGAGAAGGAUGUGAUGACUGAAAAGACAGAGACCUGUGUAGAGGCAUCCUGCUCUGUCACCAGAAGUGUAAGCAAAGAGAGUCCUUUGAAGAGGAAAUGGAUGGAUGCUCCUCCUGAAAGACCCGAACCCCAGCCUGAGGAGCAGAAAAGGGUGGAAAAGAGGAAGCGAACAGAGACAGCAGAGAACGAUGUGAAGACAGGAAAGACAGAAAAGUUUUUCAGUCGCUUCACUGUUGGAAAGUUGCUGGGAAAAGGAAGCUUUGGUUUCGUGUAUGCAGGUGUCCAAAAAUCAGAUGGGAAAAAGGUGGCCCUGAAAUUCAUGAAGAGGUGUGAAAUUUACCCAUACAUCACCCUUCCUGGCGACACACGCAGACUCCCUCUUGAGGUGGCAUUAAUGGAGCUCGUGUGCAAGCCACCUCACUGUCCACAUGUGAUAGAGCUGCUGGAAUGUUUUGAGACGCCCAAAUUCUUCAUCCUGGUUCUGGAGAGGCCCGACCCUUGCGUUGAUCUCUUCGAAUACUGUGAAGAUGUGGGCAUGUCUGAAUCUAAGGCUCAAACUAUCAUGAAGCAAGUACUUCUUGCUGCACUUCACUGCCGUGACCGGGGUGUGUUCCAUCGGGACAUCAAGGACGAAAACGUUCUCCUGAACCCUCAGACCCUUGAAGUGAAGCUGAUUGAUUUCGGCUGUGGUGAUCUGCUGAAGGACACCCCUUACACAGAAUAUUCAGACGCCUGUCUCAUUCAGGCACCUGGACUUUCCAGCCACCUGAAUGGAUCACUGAAGGAGAGUACGAGGCAGAACCUACCACCGUCUGGGGUCUUGGCAUAUUCCUUUACCAACUGCUAUGUCAAGAAGAGUUAUUUUGUUCAGACCACGAGAUUGUUGAAGGCCACAUGGACUUCCCUGAUUAUCUGUCUGAAGCGAAGCCAGCAACUCGAGCCUGAGGGCGGCAAAGUCAGGGUCAACACGAGGCGAGGCGGAUUCAGGAGAAGAAGGUGAUUGGCUCACAGCCGUGGUCGCUGCGUGUACACUAGGCCUCAGUUUGUGUCUGAAUAGUACUACGAGCUUUCGUGUUUUUUCCAGACAUUUUAGGUUUUACAAAGUUAAACAUGCAAACAAAAAAAAAAAACCAUUGUAGAAUGAGUCAAAAUCUAUUGUAUGACCGAAAAGCGCAAGUUAAUUACAAUUUUAAUCAAAAUUAGCAGGAGCCUCCAACUUUGUGUCCUACUCCAUUGGCAGCUCAGCAGCGCCGUCCCC